GGAUUCGUUGACGUCACGGUGGUUCCGCGCAUGCGCAGUCUGCAUAGAGGGGGAAGAUGGCGGAUGUUUCUUUGGACGAGGUGAUCCGCCGCCGCUUUACUAAAAGGCCGGUUUUUGGGAGAGGAGCUGGGAUAAUGGGCAGAGGCGCAGGAUUGGCGGGCAGAGGGCCCGGAUUGGCUGGCAGAGGCGCUGGAUUGGCUGGCAGAGGGGCUGGAUUGGCUGGCAGAGGGGGCGGAUUGGCAAGCAGAGGGGCGGGGAUGGUAGGUCGGACAUUUGACGCCCGGCAGAAGAUCGGCACCAGUGACGUCAGGCAGAGACUUGGAGGAGGUGCAGGGUUCCAGGUAAAGGACGCGAGAGAGCGUUUGGGGCAAAAGGAUGCACGUUUCCGAAUCCGGGGCCGAGGGGGCAGUGUAAACUCAGUGCAGGACGCCAGACAGACCAUAAACUCUCGCAAACAACAACCAACGGACGCUCCUGCAGCCAGCGGCCACACCCCCAUACCCCACAUACACAUCCAGAACACCACCCCAGUCAUCAACACAGUCAGGGCCUUCCCCACCAAUCAGGGACUCAACUCCAGAGUAGGUGUGGCCAUACAGCCUGGUGGAGGGCUAACGAAAAUGGUAGAUGCACGAGACAGGCUGAGCCUCAAGAGGAACAUCUCAUCGCCCAAUCAGGGACCAGCACCUCCGCUUAAGAUCACCAAAACCAUCCAGCAAAGACCUGUGGGUAUGACCAGUGGAAUCCGCAUUAAUGUUCACGGCAGGACACCUCAGGGUCUGUCUGUUGCUGCUGCUGCUGCUGUUGAUGAUGAUGACGGUGACAUUCCUAAUAAACAGAUGAAGAUCACCGCCCCCAAUGUCCUGACACAGACACGAGUGGGUCCAGGUCCAUCAUUCUCCAUGUCCACACCCAUCACUAAGGUGGUAAAGAAUGACUCUUACACAGCCCCUCCCCCUCCUGCCCCUGUUGCUGUGGCACCCACCCGUCCUAGCGCCCGUCCCCCCACACAGAACCUGCAGCCGGUUUCCCGGACGAUGGUAACUGGCCAGGCGGCUUCAGGAAAUGGCAGUUCACUAACACCUCCACAGCCGGUGUUCAGUCCAUUGGAAGGAACUAAGAUCACAGUAAAUAAUCUGCACCCGCGAGUCACAGAGGAGGACAUAGUGGAGCUGUUCUGUGUGUGUGGAGCACUAAAGAGAGCGAGGCUGGUGAAGGUGGGCGUGGCCGAGGUGGUGUUUGUGAGGAAAGAUGACGCCAUCAGCGCCUACAGAAAAUACAACAACCGCUGUCUGGAUGGUCAGCCAAUGAAGUGUAAUUUGCACAUACAGGGCAACGUGAUCACCUCAGACCAGCCCAUCCUGCUGAGGUUGAGUGACAGUCCUGCAGGGGGCGCCAGCACCAGUAGUAGUAGCAGCAGCAGCAGCAGUAAGAAGGAAGGUCUCCCAGCGGUGCUGUCCCGCCCUCGCUCCAGCUCCGCCCAGGCUGAGGUGGACCCCCAGACCAUCUUAAAGGCUCUCUUUAAAUCGUCCAAUCAGAGCACAGCAACCACAGAGCCGGCCACCGCGCAGCCUACAGCCUUCCGCAUCAAAAUAUAACCCACACACACUCUCUUUCUCUCUCUCUCUCAAUUACUCACGCACACAGGCGCACACACACUCUCCGACAGACAGUGUAUGGUACUGUGGGCAGAUGUGGAUCCUCCAGGUCCGGAAAGUAGAAAUCCACCCCAGGGUUUUCUUCGUCUAUGGUUGAUUUCACACUACACAAUUUUAGUCAUAAUUUUGCAAACUUUUAGUCUUUACUUUGGUCAAGUGACAAAUAUCGAUCAGGUUUAAUAUGUGUACCUAUCGGUGACUCAAAAUCUGAUUUGGCGACUUCCUACGGCCAAUAAGAAAACAGGGGACAGGGUGUGGAGAAAGCCAAGGGCGGAGUUAGACAAAAUCAACAAGUCAGCUUGUGUUGAUCCUUUUUUUUUUUUUUAUCCAUUUCAUUCAUUCUUUUUUUUUUUCAGUUUUUUUUUUUUGUUGCUACAAAUUAGUGUGCAUAUAACUCAUAACACCUUUCUUACAGUCCAUUUUAGCAGAAAAAAACUGUGGGUUUUCAUGACUGAGCAUAUUUUUGUAGUGUGUAUUUAUUUAGUAUGUUAAACCACUUAAAUAUUUCCUAUUACAAGACAAGAGUACAAUCAUCUGACCAUUCUGAACUGUGUUUUGUAAAUCCAGCUUAAGCUGCAGUUAAAACAAAACCAUGGGGUGGAUUUUUACUGUCUGGAAUUGGAUUUACACCACAGAGUGUGUGCGGUGGUGUGUGCUGAUUGUUCUUGAUUGUUAGUUUUGUGUGUUUAAAGGUGUUUUGUUCAGUUUUAGUUCACAUUGAACAUCAAACAGCCGAUACAAGAAUGCGAUUGUUUUCUUUACCAUUUUAGUUUUUAAAAGUCCACCCACUAACAAACACACGCAGACACAUACACACACACAUACAUAUUCACAAAUACAUUUACAGAGGUGCGGGUGAAUGCGGGGUGUAGAGAUGUACAUGCUCUGUAUAAAAGCCUUUGUUAGUCAUUUCUGUAGGGCCGUGUCCCAAUCCUCAUCCUUCUCCUCCUCAGUAGUGUGUUUCUCGUCAGUUCCUGUGGUUUGGGGUGCGGCUCCGGACCCGUUAGACUGGGAUUAGGACUGUUUGUCCCGAGGCCGGUCGCUGCCACACCCUUUUUUUUGGAAUGUUUUUUUUUUUUCUCUGCAGUAAAUCUCUUGCUUUAUA